UUCCUCAGACAAGCAAUCCUGCUGCCUCACUGCUACCCUGCACUGCCUCUUGGAUUGGAUCUUUUCUUCAUCAGGAAAAUUAUUAUUUUGUCUGAGCCCUGAUCUUCAAAAUUAAGGAGAGAUUGUUUUUUUCUUGUUUGUGUUUGUCAAGAUGAUCGAUUCCAAAUAAAGCGAGCUGAAUGGAUUCUUUUUUUCCUCACCCCCCUCUCCUUCUCCUUGACAACCACAGGCUCUGAGGCAUUUUGAAAUUAUUUCAAUCUUAUGAAGAGCUCAAAAAGCUUGCACAUCAAUAAACUGUGUCUACAUCUGGAAGGCACAAGUAAUGCUGACUGAGGCAAGACUGGAUUAUUGUUCUGCCUUAAGGAAGGUGUUUGCAGGUUGGGGUUGCGAAUAAUGCAAUAGCCAACCAUGGAGUUCAGCUCCUCUUCUGUAUUUGAUCAGCAUAAAGGAGAUUCAGCUGAGGAAGUUGACCUGAAUGUUGUGUAUCAGGCAGCUGCUAAUGGAGAUGUCAACACCUUAACGGCCAUAAUUCGUGAGGAUCCCUCCAUCUUGGAAUGCUGUGAUAGUGAAGGGUCAACACCUCUGAUGCAUGCUGUUUCUGGACGGCAGGUGGACACUGUGAAACUACUGUUAAAAAUGGGUGCCUCCAUUAAUACUCAAGAUGCCUGUGGAAGGACUUCUCUCUCUCUGGCAACAUAUCUGGGAUGGCUAGAAGGAUGUGUAUGCCUAUUGAGAAAUGGAGCCAAGCAAAAUGUAUCAGACAAAAAUGGACGACUCCCCCUACAUGCUGCAACCGCUGAGACAGACCUCAGGCUCAUGGCUGUACUGUUGCAGCAGUCUACACUGUGUGAAAUUAACCAUCAGGACAAUGAGGGCAUGUCUCCUCUUCACUGGGCUGCCUUUCACAACCGUCCUCAGCAUGUCCAAGCCUUACUGCAGAAGGGAGCCAAUCCCACACUCGUAGAUAAGGACUUCAAGACAGCACUUCACUGGGCUGUUCAGAGUGGGAACCGGCUCAUGUGCUCUCUGAUCCUUGAGCACCACUUGGGUUCGUCUGUGAUUAACUAUGAUGAUGAGAACGGGAAGACGUGUAUGCACAUCGCAGCCGCUGCUGGCUACAGUGACAUCAUCUACGAGCUGGCAAGGAUUCCAGAAACCAACCUGCAAGCCCUGGACGUAGAUGACAGGACGCCACUCCACUGGGCUGCGGCAGCGGGGAAGGCUGACUGUGUGCAAGCGCUGCUGCAGCUGGGGGUGGAGCACAGCCCCAGGGACAUCAAUGAGAACACUCCUUUGACAUAUGCAAUGUACUGUGGGCACACAGCAUGCAUCAAACUGCUCUCGCUGGAGAACAGAUCGGAGUCACUGAGGCCGUUACCUUCCCAAAACAAUCACCAGUCCCAAAAAAAGGAGGGAAGGUUCAGUAUGCUUAAUCAAAUAUUUUCCUGCAAGAAAAAGAAAGAUGAUCAAAACACGGGGCAGAAAGAGAACAGCCGAGACCGGUACAUAGGGGAAGAAACCUCUGAAGUUGAUGACAUCAUCACGAUGUUUGACUGCAUUAUGGAUACGUCUGGCAAAGACCUGUCUGAGGAAAGAACGAACACUGCUGAGGUCAGAAAAAAGGCUAGUGAAAUUCAGAAACACCAUGUCACAGAAAAAAACCCACCAAAGGAGUACAAGGGUCUGCCACCUAUAAGAACACAAAGUCUUCCACCCAUCACGCUUGGCAGUUCAGUAUCAGCCAUUUCUCAGAACACAGUGGUUGGCAAUGCCACUGGGCAGAUUGCCUACCAUUUUGCCCACAGGUCUCAGAAGAGCAGAAGUGAACAUGACUUAUUUGACAGCAGGACCAAAUGCACAGCUCUUCUGAGCAACUCCUGGAAGUCAGAGUCGAAUCAGGUACAAUCACAGAAGGCAUGGACGGCACCUCCUUCUGAAAAGUUGUUGGAUGACAUCCUCAAAGACGGAUCCAGUCGCAUGGAACUCCUCUAUCCAACCCAUCUUCCUUACUUGCAUAAAAACGGCCAAGCACAAACUACACACCAACUUCCAGUGGAGAGAUUGAAAUUACGCGAGAUGGCUCUCACCCGUAAUAGCUUGGCUCCGAUCCGUGACCACUGUACACACAGGUUCACCUUACUGCCUGACCAGGUUUCUCAGGGAGUGAAGAAAUCAAAGUCCUUGCCUCUCCAUUCCCUCUGCGGCACUGUGUCUGCUCUGCCUCCUGCUGUUACCUCCAAGUCGAAUAGAGGCGGGGUCCCUCAGAGUCAAUCGCUGUGCUCUUUUCUGCCUGUCCUGUCGGGGGACUCCUUGCGGACUAUCCGUGUUCUUCCUGCUAUCCCGUCUCAGAAGAAACACACCCAGCACCCAGCAGAAGACAGGAUGUCCAAAAGCGACUCUGACGGCAGUAAUUGAUUCAUUUUUCUAUCUUCACAGAUGGUGGCGAACGUUAUUUUUGAAAGCCUUACAUAUGGCAGAGCAAGAAUUUAUAUGAUAUAGUAUUUCAAAAAUGUUUUUUUUUGAGAGUGUGUUCAGAAUGACACUGGGGGAUGAUUUAUUACUCUCCAUGUCCUUAGAAGAUCUUUUUAUAUUAGCUUCUAAGUAAGUGUCAGGACAUGACAACAUUUUUUAAGUCAAAUAAUCUUUGCUAAGUUUGUUUACUCUGAAAUUAAGACACAGUCAGUUUUUUACACAUUUUUACAUGGUGGUGUUACUUCUGUGUCAAGAGGCAUGCACUGUUUACCAUGGGGUCUAGCAAAUGCAAAUCAGCUCUUCUGCCAGGCAGUUACACAUUCCAUAUUUAUAGCUCAUAUAUAUCAUGCCAUGUGGAUAUUUCACAUAAUCAAUAAAACAUAUAAUAUAUGAUGUCUUCUUGAUAUGUGUUUUAUUCUCAAUAAUUCAACAAGCAAACUAGAAUCAGUAACAAGGUCAUUUGUGGAAUGUUCUAGUUUGUAUACUGUGCAACUGAAUAGCUUCACUAUUAUACUGUAGAUUUAAUAAAACAUAUUAAACGAACAGUAAAGCAUGUUGGAACAUUUAGAUGAAUCCAGCAUUUGGAUGAAAUCAAAAGCAUUUUGAUUGGAGUCCAUAAUACCCACAUUAACAAAGGUAUACAAUAAUAGCAUACAAAGUUCAAUACUUAAAAACUGGUAGUACAUCACUUGAUUCAUACAGUAUACUGUAUAAUGUUUUAUCUGUAGUGGAGCAGAAGACACCAAAUCAAACCUCUUUAAACUUAUCCCUCACUUACCAGGCACGUGUGCCCAAAGUUUCCCUAACAAGAAAAUUCUUGUU